UCAUAGCCGCGUACUGACUGAGCGAGCAGCCUCGCGAGGCAGCCGCGCGAGGCAAAUCCUCGGUCGGUCAAGACGCGCCUCGGCCGAGGCAAACGCACGCGCUGCCUCGCCCGAGCGUGCCGCGACCCGAGCCAAACGUUGUCGGUUUUUGUCCAUGCUCAAAGGCGCCUCAGUACGUUUGCCGCGCGCACUCAAGACGGUCGUGUUUUGCCUCGCUUGUUCGACGAAUACGGAAUAGAGAACAUAAGUAUAAUUAUAUUAUCAUGAAUAGAGAACAGUGUCUCAAAUUAAUUUAUAUGGAGAAUAUAAACUACUUUGGGAUGCGCAAUGUCCUAAUUAUACCAACAGAGGACUAAGAGAAGAUGCGUGGAAUAACAUAAAUCGUGAAAUGAACAUUCCAAUAAUGGAUUUAAAAAAAAAGAUGGAGUCUUUGCUAGGAUCCUAUAGGAGGGAAAGGUCACGUGAAAAGAAAAGCCGUAUCACAGGAUCAGGUCGUGGUGACAUAUAUAAAUCAAAUUGGUACGCCUAUGAAGCUUUCAGCUUCCUGGGCGAUAGAAACCAUCCAGGAAAUACUCAAGAUACUUUACCUGAAGACAAUGCAUGUCACAGUGAAAUUCAAAAUGAUGGAAGUCAAAGUAAAACUCGAAAUGAUGGCAGUGAAAAUGAAACUCAAAAUAGUGGCAGUCAAAGUGAAACUCAAAAUCAAGUCGGUAAUGAAAAUACAGUUAAAGAAACCAGAAAUGAAUAUACGAGAGCAAAGAAGAGAACUAAAAGAACUGAGCCAAAUGAUUUAACUGAUAAUGCUAUAUCAGAAGCCUUAACACUAUUACAACAGUGUGCAAGUGAUAGUGCUGCUUCGGAAAAACAUGACUCCUACGAUGUUUAUGGGCAAUAUGUCGCAAAUGAGUUGCGAAAAUAUGACGCUUUUACUUUAGCACAUGUAAAGCAUGCUAUAAAUAAAAUUUUUUUCGAAGCGGACAUGGGAGCAUACCCAUCAUACACUGCCUCGGUCUGGCUCGGCUUUGCCGCGCGCGGCAGUCUCAUGUGUAUUAAAUUACAGAAUGAGGCUGCCUCGCGCGGCAAACGUUGCGAGGCAAACGUCCGAGGCUGCCUCGCGAAGCUGCUCGCUCAGUCAGUACGCGGCCAUUUAAUAAUUUCAUGUUUCCUUGAAUCAUACGUCUUCCAUGGAUCGGGCCCUUUCGGUUACAAAGUUCGCUCGACGCUUUCAGCGUUCCGUGAACAGUACUACGGCGAGCGACGGGCACUGCUUAUUGCAGUUCGCUCGACGCGGUCAGCGUUCCGUGAACAGCACUACGGCGAGCGACAGGCAGUGCUUAUUGCAGUUCGCUCGACGCGGUCAGCGUUCCGUGAACAGCACUACGGCGAGCGGCGGGCGCUGCUUAAUGCAGAUAAUGAGACCAUCAUCGUUUACAAAAACGAGCACCAGAGGCAUAGUGCAACGGAGGCACCGGCGAGUUUAACUGAGGUCCCGGAGCCUACCAAAAUGCGCUGA